CGCUCUCUAGCAACUCUCGCAUUGCACGGGAUCUGCUCAGUGUGGGAGACAGCUGUAAAAUGACAACUGAAGCCUGGACUGGCAGUUAUGAAGCAUCUUCUGAUGUCUACUGGGAUUAUAAUCCCCUCCAAGAUACCUGCCCACCACAGGACCUACCCUACGCUUGUGUCUAUAUUCCCAUGCUCUACUUCAUCGCUUUCUUCAUUGGCUUCAUUGGCAACCUCUUGGUGAUUGUGCUGAUGGCCAAGAAGAGAGGCAGAAAGAGGCUGGUGGAUACCUUUGUCCUGAAUCUGGCUGUUGCCGACCUGGUCUUUGUCCUCACCUUGCCUUUCUGGGCAGUGUCAGCAGCUCAUGGUAACAAGUGGUACUUUGGUGAAGGCCUGUGUAAGUUAAGCAGCUUUAUCAUCUCUGUGAACCGCAGCUCCAGCAUCCUGUUCCUAAUGGGCAUGAGCGUGGAGCGUUACCUGGUGGUCAUGAAGCGUGUGGACUCCAAGUCUACUGGGACUAAGAACUGUCUGAUCAUUGCCUGUGGUUGCAUCUGGGCUGUCUCUCUCCUCCUAGGCAUUCCCUCUCUGAUGUAUCGGAAGCUCAGCCCCUCAGAGGAUACCACUGGUGAAUUGUGCGAGGAUGAGGACUCUGUCACCUUCCAGGUGCUCAGCCUGGCUUUGCUCAUCUUGACCUUUCUCCUGCCCUUGGUAGUGAUCUUAUUCUGCUAUUGCUCCAUCUCCUUCAAGCUGCUGAACCACAUCAGCCUGGGAAAGGGGACGAAGAACUCCCUCCAGAUCAUCUUCACAAUCAUCUGUGCCUUCAUCUGCUGCUGGCUGCCCUUCAAUGCCUUUAAAGCAUUCCUCUUCUUCUCCUCCAUGUUCCAGGGAGCAGAUCUGUCUUGCUGGGCAUUAAUGGCUCUCAGGAGGGGCCUGACCAUCAGUGCUUGCUUGGCCUUCAUGAACAGCUGCGUAAAUCCCAUCAUCUAUGCCUUGAUGGAUCGCCAUUUCCGACGCCAGGUGCUGCCACAAGGGCUCCAGGUCUGUGGCACUUUCCAGGAGACAAGGCAAACCUCGGCCUUGUCCUUCUCAUCCACUACUGAGUCCAGCCUCAUGUUUGCCAGCCGGAACAAGCCAUCAUCGCCUGCGUCCAUUCGGCCAGAGAUGUAAGAGGGGACGGGUAGGUUUACAAGCCUCCACUCUGUGGGGUGAGGCAGGCUAGCUAGUCGCUGUUGCUGCUUCUUGUGUAGGUAAAACGCGCCGGUUAUUCAGCCAGGUUUCAGGUUAAUUUUGACAAGGGCUUUUCUUUCUUGACAGAUCUCCCUCUAAAAGCAUUGCUAAGCUACC